AUGGACCAACCGCCAGACCCGACAUUUUAUCCGCCUUGUGGUAGCUUGCCCAUAGAGAACCCAGUAAUCGAUGGGAGAACUUCCGUGUCCGAUGAGCACGAUCAAUCGAGACAAUUCCUCUUGCCUCCCCCUCUGUAUCCCCAUACUCCAUCUAGCGCACCGGAGCAUCUCAGUACACGGAGCCAGUCACACUUUACUCCAUCAUACAGCGCCAGUACGUUAUUCCCCUCGAGCCCAUGCUACUCGGAGGUGCACGACGGAAAAUCCAGUACACCAUCAGAGCCUCUCAUUGUUGAGACCGGGCCCAUAAUUUCAAAGCACUGGGAACAAAGGCAAAGAAACUCCUCAGGAAUACUACGUCGAUAUCCCACACGGCGCAUCAGACUGGUCCAUGGCACCGUAUUGAGCGUUGAUUAUCCGGUUCCUAGUGCGAUACGCAAUGCCGUUCAGGCCAAAUACCGCGACCUGGAGGGUGACCCCGCUGAAGAGUUUACCCAUAUGAGAUACACGGCGGCAACAUGUGACCCGGACGAAUUCACACUGGAGCAUGGAUACAAUCUCCGUCCUUCGAUGUACAAUCGGCAUACAGAGAUGCUCAUCGCGAUCACCUACUACAAUGAAGAUAAGGUUCUUACCGCGAGAACCCUGCACGGCGUCAUGCAGAAUGUCAGGGACAUUGUGAAUCUGAAAAAGACGGAGUUUUGGACCAAGGGAGGCCCAGCGUGGCAGAAGAUUGUCGUCUGUCUGGUGUUUGACGGGCUGAAGCCCUGCGACAAGAGAACAUUGGAUAUGCUUGCCACCGUGGGGGUAUAUCAGGAUGGUGUCAUGAAACACGAUGUGGAUGGGAGAGAAACCGUGGCUCAUAUUCAAAACAGCAAGAAGAUCAACUCUCAUCGCUGGUUAUUCAAUGCGUUCGGACGCAUCCUAAACCCGGAAGUCUGUAUCCUGAUCGACGCCGGUACGAAACCAGGUCACAAAUCACUGCUCACCCUUUGGGAAGCAUUCUACAAUGACCGACACCUCGGCGGCGCAUGCGGAGAGAUUCACGCCCUCCUUGGCCGCGGAUGGACUAAGGUUUGGAACCCAAUCGUUGCAGCCCAGAACUUCGAGUACAAAAUAUCCAAUAUCCUUGAUAAGCCUCUGGAAAGCACCUUUGGUUAUGUGAGCGUUCUACCAGGAGCAUUCUCGGCCUAUCGCUAUCGAGCUAUAGUCGGACGACCUCUGGAACAAUACUUCCACGGUGACCAUACGCUCUCUGAAAGAUUGGGGAAGAAGGGAAUCGAAGGGAUGAAUAUCUUCAAGAAGAACAUGUUCUUAGCUGAAGAUCGAAUCCUUUGCUUUGAGCUGGUCGCUAAAGCCGGUUGCCAAUGGAAGCUUACAUAUGUCAGAGCUGCGAAAGGAGAGACCGAUGUACCUGAAGGCGUACCGGAGUUUCUCAGCCAGCGAAGGCGCUGGUUGAACGGAUCUUUCGCCGCGAGUCUAUAUGCGACGAUGCAUUUCAAUCGAAUUUACAAGAGUGGGCACAAUUGGGUUCGAUUGUUCAUUCUUCACUUACAGCUUGUUUAUAACAUCUGUCAAUUGAUCAUGACGUGGUUUUCACUAGCUUCAUACUGGCUCACUAGUUCAGUCAUCAUGGACAUCGUCGGAACCCCAAGUGCAGUGAACCACUUCAAGGGCUGGCCGUUCGGAGGCGAAGCUACACCUAUCGUCAACAACAUUUUCAAAAUCGGCUAUCUCGCAUUCCUCAUGCUCCAAUUCAUUCUGGCUCUGGGAAAUCGACCAAAAGGUUCCCGUAUACACUGUCUCUUCAUCUACUUCUCAAUCGUCCAAGCAUAUAUUCUCGUCCUGUCAUUCUACCUCGUCGCCCAAGCCCUCACAGGCGACAAUCUCGACUUCAACUUCAAAGAUGGCAUCGGCGGCUUUCUAAGCUCCUUCAUCAAUUCAACCGGCGGAAUCGUCCUCGUUGCCCUAGUCUCCACAUACGGCAUCUACUUCAUCGCUAGCUUCCUGUACAUGGACCCGUGGCACAUGUUCACUUCGUCCUGGGCGUACUUCUUAGGCAUGCCGUCGUCAAUCAAUAUCCUGAUGGUCUAUGCCUUUUGCAACUGGCAUGAUGUAUCAUGGGGAACGAAGGGGUCUGAUAAGGCCGAUGCUCUGCCCUCGGCAAGGACGAAAUCGGAUCUUCAGGCGACUGCAGGGCAGGGGCCGUAUCUAGAGGAGCCGGAGAAGCCGCAGGUUGAUAUUGAUGUGCAGUUUGAGCUCACGGUGAAGAGGGCUUUGGAGAAGUGGGUGGAGCCGGAGGUGAAGGAGGAAGUCAACUUGGAUGAUUCUUACAAGUCGUUCCGGACCAAUUUGGUGCUGCUGUGGACUUUCAGUAAUGGGCUUUUGGCAUUGUGUAUUAACAAUGUUGGAAUGAAGCAGCUUUGCUUGACGACGACAUCGACCCUGCGGACGGCGUGGUAUUUCAAGGUCAUUCUUUGGGGUACCUCUGGGUUGUCUUGUUUCCGAUUUCUUGGAGCUCUUUGGUUUCUGGUGAAGACUGGGGUGCUUUGUUGCUUUUCGAGGCGUUGA